UAUCGCACGUACCUGUGAGCAGCAGCAAUGGUUACUGAGACGAUUAAGGAAGAACCGGUCGGUACCGGUGCGGAAGAAUCAUCGAAGAAAGCCGCAAAAAAGGCAGCAAAGGAUGCGGUGAAAGCGGCCAAGAAAGCUGAACAUAAGGCGGCCGCUGCUGCUGCGGCUGGUGGACCAGGAAAUGACGAUACUGGAGCAGACGGUGUUGACCAUUCGGAGGGCCGGUAUGGAACGAUGAAGAUGAUCCAGAGCGCUGAAAAAUACGCUGAACGGGUGUUCGUUAAGGUGUCCGAUCUGUCCCAGUGCAAGAAGGAUGCCCAGGUGUGGGUACGCGGCCGUGUACAUACGUCGCGUUGUAAGGGCAAACAGUGCUUCUUGGUGUUGCGCCAGCAGAGCAGUACCGUGCAGUGUUUGCUGGCCGUCAACGAACACAUCUCGAAGCAGAUGGUUAAAUUUUCCGGCAGCAUUCCACGCGAAAGUAUAAUCGAUCUGAAAGCGAAGGUGGUGCCGGUUGAACAGCGCAUCGAAUCGUGCACGGAGCAGACGCUCGAACUGCACGUGCUGGAACUGUUUUUGCUAUCGGCCGCAAAGGCACAGCUGCCGCUACAGAUUGAGGAUGCAUCGAGGUCGGAAAAGUCGGACGAUCCGGAAGCGCUCAAGAUUCGCGUCAAUCAGGACACCCGGCUGGAUAAUCGUGUGCUCGAUCUGCGUACACCGGCCAAUCAGGCCAUCUUUCGGUUGGAGGCGGGUGUGUGUAAGCUGUUCCGUGAUGUGCUAACCGCACAAGGAUUUACGGAAAUACACACGCCGAAAAUUAUCUCGGCGGCCAGCGAAGGUGGUGCGAACGUGUUUACGGUUAGCUAUUUUAAAGAUUCUGCCUACUUGGCACAGUCUCCCCAGCUGUACAAGCAGAUGGCGAUUGCAGCCGACUUCGACAAGGUGUUUACCGUGGGUGCCGUCUUCCGGGCGGAAGAUUCCAACACUCACCGGCACUUGACCGAGUUCGUGGGGUUGGAUUUGGAGAUGGCCUUCAAGUACCACUACCAUGAAGUGGUUGAUACGAUAGGCAACACUUUUACGGAAAUGUUUAAAGGAUUGCGCGACAACUAUGCGAAAGAAAUUGCUGCCGUAGGACAGCAGUAUAAUGUGGAGCCGUUCAAGUUUCUCGAGCCACCGCUAAAGCUGGAAUUUGCCCAAGCCGUCGCGAUGCUGCGCGAGGCUGGCGUGCAAAUGGACGACGAGGAAGAUCUAUCAACUCCCAGCGAAAAAUUGCUUGGCCGGUUAGUAAAGGCAAAGUACGAUACCGAUUUCUACAUCCUGGACAAGUUCCCGCUGGCCGUACGUCCCUUCUACACCAUGCCCGAUCCGGCAAACGUCAAGUACUCCAACUCGUACGACAUGUUUAUGCGGGGCGAGGAAAUUCUGUCCGGCGCGCAGCGAAUACACGAUCCCGAGUAUCUGAUCGAGCGAGCCAAACUGCACGGUAUCGAUCUGUCGAAGAUUGCCGCCUACAUUGACGCAUUCCGGUAUGGGUGUCCUCCGCACGCCGGAGGUGGUAUCGGUAUGGAGCGUGUCGUUAUGCUUUACCUCGGGUUGGACAAUAUUCGCAAAACGUCCAUGUUCCCGCGUGACCCGAAGCGAAUAACACCUUAGAUU